UGUCCCGGCUUGCGGUUUUCCGGCCCCUCGCAGCCUGCAAACUUUGCAGUCCUGCUGGAGUCGUUGGGUCCCUCGUAUUUUAUUUUCUAGGUCAAGGUUUUAGCCUCCUGGCGCUCAGGAAAGCAGGCGUGAAAGCGUGCCACUGAGCAUGCCUAGAGUGCGACCAGGUGCGAUGCAUUUGGGGACGGGACGCAACCAAACCGCUCUCGGGAGUCGGCGUUUUACACUUCAGGGGAACUUACGGCACAGUCAGCGUAAAUGGAUUCUCUGCAUCCUUUUGAAAGUGAAAUACUGAUUUUACAAUACAACUUGAAUGCCGUAGAUUGGGGACCUCUCAGCAUUUUCCAUGAAUGGACAGAUGACCAGCAUGAAGAACAUGGAGCGCGAGUUGUUGUGUCCGGUGUGCAAGGAAAUGUACAAGCAGCCCCUGGUGCUACCGUGCCUGCACAAUGUGUGCCACAUCUGUGCCACGGAGGUCCUGCUGCAACAGGGCUACGUCUGCCCGGACCCCACCUCCGAGCCCACCUCGCCGGCCUCCACACCAGCCACGCGGAGCCCCCGCCUGGGACGCCGGGCCCUGCCCAAGCCGGAGCGCUUGGAUCGGCUUCUCAAAUCAGGUUUUGGCACGUAUCCCGGGCGGAAGCGCGGGGGCAUUGCGCACCCCCAGACCGUUCUCUUCCCCUGCCCCGUGUGCCAGCGGGAUGUGGACCUGGGCGACCGGGGCCUGGGCAGCCUCUUCCGGAACCUGACGCUGGAGCGGGUGGUGGAGCGCUACCGGCACACCAUCAACGUCAGCGCCGCCAUCAUGUGCCAGUUCUGCAAGCCGCCCCAGCUGGAGGCCACCAAGGGCUGCACCGAGUGCAGGUCCAGCUUCUGCAACGAGUGCUUCAAGCUGUACCACCCCUGGGGCACCCAGAAGGCGCAGCACGAGCCCACCCCGCCGACGCUGACCUUCCGGCCCAAGGGUCUGACGUGCCCUGACCACCGGGAAGAAGUCUCCCACUACUGCAAGUCCUGCCAGCGGCUGGUGUGCCAGCUGUGCCGCGUCCGCCGGACUCACAUGGGCCACAAGAUCACGCCGGUGCUCGCCGCCUACCACGCGCUCAAGGAGAAGCUGACGAAAAGCCUGGCCUAUAUUCUGAACCAUCAAGACACGGUGCAGGCCCAAAUUAGCGAGCUGGAAGAGACGCUCCGACUUACAGAGGCGAACGGCGCGCAGGCCAAGGAAGAGGUCGGGCGGCUGAUGCGCGGCCUGAGCGCCCUGCUGGAGGAGAAGCAGUCGUCCCUGCUGAACGCCAUCGAGGACUGCCGGCAGGACCGCGUCUCCAACCUGCGCUCGCAGCUGCACGAGCACCAGGCCAUGAUGGAGAACUCCGGCAUGGUGGGCUACACCCAGGAGGUCCUGAAAGAAACGGACCAGCCCUGCUUCGUCCAGGCGGCCAAACAGCUGCAUAACAGGAUUGUCAGGGCGACCGACUCGCUGCAAGCUUUCCAGCCGGCCGCCAGCGCCUCCUUCAGCCACUUCCAGGUGGACGUGAGCCGGGAGCUGAAACUGCUGACAGACCUCACCUUUAUCAAAGCCCCGGAAGCCCCCGUGAUCGACACGCAGCGCACCUACGCCUACGACCAGAUCUUCCUCUGCUGGCGCCUCCCGCAGCACUCGCCGCCGGCCUGGCACUACACGGUGGAGUUCCGGCGGGCCGAGCCCAAGGGCAAGGCCCUGAAGCUCUGGCAGCGGCGAGAGGAGGUCCGUGGGACCAGCGCCGUGGUGGAGUACCUGGACACGGACUGCGUCUACGUGCUGCGCGUCCGCGGAUGCAACAAGGCCGGCUUUGGGGACUACAGCGAAGACAUCUACCUGCACACGCCGCCGGCUCCAGUGCUGAACUUCUUUCUGGACAACCGGUGGGGCUUCAACCGGGAGCGCCUGGCGAUCAGCAAGGACCAGCGGGCCGUCCGCAGCGUGCCGGGGUUGCCCAUGCUCUUCGCCGCCGAGCGCCUCAUGACCGGCUGCCACCUGUCCAUCGACCUGGUGAUCGGGGAUGUGGCCGUCACCCAGGGCCGCAGCUACUGGGCCUGCUGCGUGGAUCCCAGCUCCUAUCUGGUCAAGGUGGGCGUGGGGCUGGAGAGCAAGCUGCAGGAGUGGUUCCAGGUGCCGCAGGACGUGGUGAGCCCCAGGUACGACCCCGACAGCGGGCACGACAGCGGCGCCGAAGACACCACCGUGGACGUGUCGCCCCCCUUCGCCUUCCUGACCAUCGGCAUGGGCAAGAUCCUGCUCUCGCACGGCGUGGCGCUGACCUCGCGGGACCCCGGCAACUGCACGGUGCCGCUGCCCCCCCGGGUGGGCAUCUGCCUGGACUACGAGCGCGGCAAGGUGGCCUUCUUCGAUGCCGUCUCCUUCCGCAGCCUCUGGGAGUGCGGCAUCGACUGCUCGGGGCCCGUGUGCCCGGCCUUCUGCUUCAUCGGCGGCGGCGCUCUGCACCUCCAGGAGCUGGUGGCCAACCGGCAGGAGCGCAAGGUCACCAUCGGGGGCUUCUCCAAGCUGGACUGAGCUCGCCCCGCCGGGGCCCUGGGUACCUGUUGGGAGUCCUGGCGGGCGCUCGGCACAAGCCGCCCCGCGUCCCAG